UUGGGUGAAGUACUAAAUUUUCAAACACGUCUAGUAGAGUAUUUAAUAAGAAAAAUACAAAAAUGCAUACAAUUAAAUUAAUACAGCUGCAGCAUUAAUGUGAAGCUAUAUCUAGAUUGUUAAAAGUUUCAAAUCCAUUGACUUGGUGUGGACACCUUGCAUAAGUAAAUAAAUUAGCUUUGACAAAUGAUCACACAUUUGCUUCACUGGUCAAAAACUUACAUCCAAUUCUUCUUUAUAACUAAACAAAUAUCAGAACCUAUACACCCCAUACACAAAAAAGAAAACUAUGGCUAACUCCAAUACUCUCUCACUUUCCACCUUCACAAUCAUUGUGUUGGUGCUGCAACUCAAUUUCUUCUCAUCAAAUGCAGAAGCUGCAGGAGUGAAAGGAGGGUACUGGUAUUAUGACAGUGGUCUUGAUGCUUCAGCCAUUGAUUCCUCUUACUUCACACAUCUCUUCUGUGCUUUUGCAGAUUUAGAUUCAAACACCAACAAGAUCACAUUACCUUCAUCCACCUUCUCAACCUUCACACAAACCGUUCAGAAAAAGAACCCUGCAGUGAAAACCCUUCUCUCCAUAGGAGGAGGUGGAGGUCCUACUUUAGCAUCAAAGUUUUCUACAAUGGCUAAACAGAACAGUUCCCGCAAGACCUUCAUAGACUCUUCGAUUCAAGUAGCAAGAGCAAAUAACUUCCAUGGCCUUGAUCUUGAUUGGGAGUACCCUAACUCAAACACAGACAAGACCAACCUUGGUUUUCUCCUCAAUGAGUGGAGAGCAGCCAUUAAACAAGAAGCUAGAAUCUCAGGAAAAACACAACUUUUGUUGUCUGGUGCAGUUUCUGGCUCCAACCAGAUAUCACCAUUGCAAUAUUACCCUGCUCAAGCUAUCACCAACAAUAUGGAUUGGAUCAACGUUAUGGUCUAUGAUCUUUUCAUUCCAGAUGGGUAUAGAAACUCAACACAGCCACCAGCACCGUUGUACAAUCCAACUGGAAUAUUCAGUGGAUCUGAAGGAAUCAAUGUUUCAUGGAUUAACCAGCUUAAAGUUCCACCCAACAAACUAGCAAUUGGGUUACCCUUUUAUGGUUAUGCAUGGACUUUGGUGAAUGCUAAUGCUCAUGGAUUGUUUGCUGGUGCUAAUGGUGCUGGUUCAAUUCCUUCUGGAGGUUCAACUCCUGUGUAUAGGGAUAUCAGGAGCUUCAUAAAUAAUGGGGCACAAACUGUGUAUAAUUCAACUUAUGUGACAAAUUAUUGUUAUUCUGGAACUACUUGGGUUGGUUAUGAUGAUACUCAGAGUGUCUCUGCUAAGGUUAGUUAUGCUAAGAGCAUUGGAUUGAUUGGAUAUUUUGCAUGGCAAGUUGGUGGGGACGAUAAUAAUUGGACACUUUCCAAAACUGCUUCUAGUAUAUGGGGACCUUAAGAACGAAAGCCACGGCUCAUCAGAUCAGGGGACGGGGCCUAACUGAUGUAAGCUAUAUGUAUAAUAACAAAGGCCAGGCGAGGGAAAAUAAAUAAGUAAAUAAAUGUUUCUAUUUCUUAAUGUUAAAGGUGGACAAUGUUAUAUCAAACAUACAAAUAAUCUAAC